CAGAAAUAACAACAGCUGUUCUACAUUAUUCGUGCAAGCAAGUGGCAACUCUGUUAGAACUUCACUUCAGUCAUCAGAAGCUGUUAAAAGAAGAACACGCUGCGCUUUCAUUAGUUUCUUUAUUGUGUGCAGUCUCUACUCAAAAUAUUAAUUAAUAACCAGUGACUUAUCAUUGUUCUCUAAUUCUGAAGUUUGAAUUAUUCACAUUUUAUUACAAGCUACCUGUUCUCAUGUCUUUUUAGUGUUAAUUUGAAUUAAAUUUAUCAGCAUUAGUCGUCAGUGUUGCAACUGCCUGGAUAAUUAAAUGCGUGAGAUAUUGGUGAUGUUUACCAAAAUUCAUUCGUUGUUAUUGUGACUUGUGGAUAAUUGAAAUGCUUCGUGAAUACGUGGAUAGCAAUGCCAGAGAACUUAUAUAAAGUGUUAUGUCAAUAGAAGAAUUAGUGCAGACUACAGAUUGCGAAUAGUGAUAUUAGUUUUGUAAUUUUUGUAAAACUUAAAAUGUCCAGUACGGUGCCUACGAGUUCUGCUCUACGAGCAUUAGCUUUAGAGUACAAAAGCUUACAAGAAGAGCCUGUAGAAGGUUUCAGAGUAAAGUUAUUGGGAGAGGACAAUUUAUUUGAGUGGGAAGUGGCAAUAUUUGGACCUCCAGACACUCUCUAUCAGGGUGGUUAUUUUAGGGCACACAUGAAGUUUCCACCAGAUUAUCCAUAUUCACCUCCCACCAUCAGAUUCCUCACUAAAGUCUGGCAUCCAAAUGUAUAUGAGAACGGAGACCUGUGCAUCUCAAUCCUGCACCCUCCAGUGGACGACCCUCAGUCCGGGGAGCUGCCCUGCGAGCGCUGGAACCCCACACAGUCUGUUCGUACUGUGCUGCUAUCCGUGAUCUCGCUGCUAAACGAGCCUAACACCUUCAGCCCAGCCAACGUCGACGCCAGCGUCAUGUACCGUCGGUGGAGGGAAUCCAAGGGCAGGGAUAAGGAGUACGAGAAUAUUAUUAGAAAACAAGCGCAGGCGGCGCGUAUCGAGGCGGAAAAGGAAGGAAUAGUUGUGCCGCUUACCUUAGAAGAUUAUUGCAUUAAAACACAAGUCAAGGCGACGAUGCACGACGCUCAGUUGGAUAUGACAGAUUUCUACGAUGACGACUAUGACCUCGACUCGGACUCGGAAGACGAGAUGGAGGCUGCUGAGGGCGACGGAGACGACAGCGGCAACGGAGAGUCGUGAGGGCGUGUCCUCUACGGCAAUACUCUGAUUACUGUCAGCAAAUUGUCAUUAUAACACAACUCAUUGUCACCAUACUUCAUUUGCAUUUAGUCUAUGGAGGGUAGAGUUAAAAAUAAUCAUCAGUAUAUGAAAAAGUGGAUUUAAAUUGGGGUGACGCCACAUUAGCAUCAGGGUGAAGCUCCUCUUAUAUAAAAAAAAAACCUUAAAAGAAGCGCCAAAUAUAAAAUCACUAAGCAUCAACUACCAUCACCUGAACGUCCUGUUCGUCUCGUCCCUUAUUUUCAUUAAAAAAAGGUGCAUGUUUGUUUCCCUGUAAUAAUUCCAUAAGAUUAUAUUUACAACAUUUUAUUGUACAACGUAAGUUGUUGAAAUUUUCAAUAAUCAACUACUUUAGUCGACAAUGAUAUUAAAAUUUUAACUCGGCAUACUUCAGUUCAUCUACAAUUGCUAUAGUCGCCAACUCUGUGUCUACACUAGCGCCAUUGUGGAAAGGUUUUUUAACUUUUAUUUACAGCAUACAGGUUGACACUUUUUCAACUUUUCUCCCAUAUUAGAUGAUUGUCCUUACCUCUUUCCUCCAUAAAUUAGUCACACUGCCAAUACCGAAAUGUCAGUGUGACAUCACUGUCACCAGUUGUCUAGACUCUCUUAUUGGUCGUGUCACAACGAGUAAGAUCUCUAGCACGGGUGCGGACUGUCUGAACAAAACACAGAUGAGGUUGCUUCGUAUUAAAUUAUAACAUUAAUUUGCUCAGUAGUAUAAUAUGUGGAAUAGGCACAUACUUUUAAUCUUAUUUCUAAAUAAGUUAACAUAGGUAUAAAGCACGUAAAAAAAGAUUAAAUUCGAUUAAAGGUUCAUGUAAAACUAACUUCUUAUUGGUAAAGCGAAAUUUAUUAAAUUUUACUAUAUAAGUAGAUACCUAUAUAAAAAAUCUAUUAAGUAUUGUUCUCGUACAUAAGCAAAUACAUAGUGUGACAUAAAGAGUAUAGAUUAUUACAUGUGCCAAUUAGGUUCCUAAUCACAUUGCUUUAAGACUUACAUCGAUUACCUACAGUAUGAACAAUGAUAUAUAACUAUUAGAAUACAUAGAAAAGGAAUGAUUGUUGUUCAUUGAGCUUGCUUGUUUGAUCAUUGAGCUGAUCUCUUGCCUCUUAGAUUGGACCAGUCCGUGCUAACUGCUUUAUGUUUUAGUCAAAUUUUAUCCUCUAACACCAAUACUUUCGGAUUUUUAUUUUUAAGAUCAUUAGACAAUUUAUAUUAAAUAUAUUAAUUUUAGUUUAAUAACACAAUUUCUGUGAUUGUAAUUAAUUACUCUUGCAUUAUUUUCUUUUCAUUGUGGAUUCACGUGAAAUAUCUUAAUUUAGUCUUAAUUUUAUUUUUAUUGUAGUUUUAUUAUAUCGCUACUGAUCGGUGCGUAGGUCUUAGUCUAAAUUUAAUGAAGUAAUUUCGGUAAUAGCUAACAGACUCCUAACUGUUACAGAACCCAAAUGAAUUAAGUAUAUAACAUAACUAAUUCUGUACAUGUAUAUGAAUAUUUUUGUACGUAAAUAAGUUAAACAGUCGGCACUGCAAAAUUUUCAGAGCAGACAUCUUCUAAAUAAAUUACAUUUAUGUUAUCUGAUAAUUCCUAUGGCAAAGAUAACAUUUAUUGAAUAAGGCGUUACUUUGCGGAAAUCCAUAAUUAUACAAAUUAUUUAAGUUUUCUUUAGUGUUAAUUCCGCCAAUAUUUGUCUUUAAAACAAUUCGACACGUGUUUCGCCUCUACACGAGGCAUCCUCAGGACGUGUUGUCUCGCCAAAAUCUGGCACGAGACUCGUGCCAGAUUAGAUCGUGUUUUAAAGACAAAUAUUGGCGGAAUUAACACUAAAGAAAACUUAAAUAAUUUGUAUAAAGAUAACAUUGUUUUUAAUUUUUUUACAAAAUUAAAGUUUACAUAUUGUUGCCCUGAAACAUAUGCAAUACCGACUACUUUAUUCAGGCUAAUUUAUGUAAUUGUGAUUACAAUUUACCCCCUUAUUCAUAAUAGUCUGCUUACUUAAAGCAUUGCUAACUCUUACUCUGUCUUCUUCUAUGGACCUAAGUCAGAAUGAGAAAAAACACUCCUUAGCGGAUGUUUAAAGUUAGCGGACCAUUAUGAAUAAGGGGUUUAGUGUCUACACUGCUCAUAUUAUUAUUACAAAUCUAAUGAAUAUAUUAGUGUGUGUCUUUGCUCGAGCUUUAUCAUUAGAAACCAACCAUUCUGCUAUAUUCCAUUAAAAAAUUGAAAGAUUACAAUUCCCGCUAUUUGGUAAAGACAAGAAAAAGACUAGUAAUAUUUGCCGAUAUCAACCAGGAAGAAUAAGGGACUGCGAAGUGUAUGUGUGAUAGCUAUCAUACAUACCGGCGUUUAUUCGCCCGCCCAGUGGGCUGAACACUGGAUCUAUGGCGUAUGAAAUACGUACACACUUAUGUUCGCAUCGGCGGUAAGUCGCCAAAGGGCAUCGACGCUAACGAUUGUCCAUAUGACGAACAUGAAAAAUUCUUUCUUUUUAAAUUUUUCUUAAAAUUAAAUUAUUAUAAUGUAUUUAAAAACAAAUGCGAACUAGAUCUAUGUAAAUGGAACAUUAAAAAAUUGCACCCUAAAAGACGUUCGUGGCACGCGUAGUGUGAAGAGGAUUGCCGAUGUUGUAUUCUCCCUCGCACACACCGCAUAUCACUAUAUGAUACUAUUACUAUACAAGCUGACUACUAUGAUCGUGAAAUAAGUACAUUAGUGACGAAAUAUAUUGUCAAUUUUAUGUUGAAAAAUAUGCCCAUGAAGAAUGGCUACUAGUUACUUUCAAAGAAGUUCUAAUUUCAACGACACUUCAUGAGUGGAUACUUCAUUAAUUACAAACAUCAAAACGAAUCAGGCAUGUAGUUUUAGAGUUAUUCUAGAUUUUUCUGUGCUAUCGGUUUUAUACAUAUAAACUUGUACUUUAAAAUAUUAUACUAUCUAGUUGGGAAUGUUUAUGAUAAAAAAAAUACCGGGAUGAGCUGAGAUGUUUUCCUACUUAUGUGAUGUAGCAACUUUUUAAUAUUUGGUAAAACGCACAACAUAGCUAAAACAAAAUAUUAGAUUUCCAUUAUUGAGGAAAUGCUAUUAAAUUUCAUACUUUAAAUAGAAAAUUUAAAAAUAUUAAACAGAAUAGAUUAAUAAGGAAACAUACGAAUACUAGAAGCAGGGCUGAAGAAGUAUUGACAGCAUUCAUUAUAAAUUAAUAUAAAACUUAUUCCGCCAGCAGUAUUUAUUUAAUGUCGUAAAUGUGUAAAAUCGCUCGAAGUAAUAGGCAGGAUGAGAUUGACGUAAAGUCUUGUAUAACUUACACAUCACAGACAUAGAUCCACGUAGAUAACGCAAAUCUCUCCGUCUGUAUGAAAACCAAGCAUGCCCUUUUUUUGUACCUACUGUGACGUCGUUAAAAAUGCAAGUGCAUCGAGCCUAACGUUUAAAUCAAAUCAAAAUCAGUUUAUUCAAGUAGGUCACGAAAAUGACAUGAAUGUCAAAAAAAAAUAUAUCAGAUCAUUUCAAUUACAAUAUAAUAUGUAAAAUGAUGCAACAAACACACUCAAACGUCAAAUAGUUUGAGUGUGUUUAGCCAUUCACCUCAUAUCAUUAGUUGACGUUUUCAGUACAUCAAUAGUCGGUAUUGCUCAUAACUAAAAUCGACAAUGUAUUAGAAGUCAUAAUAAAAAAAAAGCGUCAAAGGAAGAGCAUUGCUCCUCUUUUUGUCGUCUUUUUGACAAGUGACGGUACAUACACUCGCGGCAUCUAUUUGGAUCCAUGUCUGUGUUACACAUAAAGUAUUUGCCAAGAAUAACUUAAAGUCGACUAUAGCAAUACCUACUAAAAUUAUUUUCCUAGCUCACUAUCCAACAUUUUUGCAAAAGUACAUCUUAUAUUAAGUGUAAUCCUUAUCAGUUUUUAAAGUUUUCUUUUCUGAAACACAUCCAUCCUGUAGAUUGGUACUCACCUUAUGUUGUAUAAAACGUUGGAAUGCUAAGUGAUACAAUCUGAGAAUUUAAAAUAGAUCUUAAAUUAUCACGUUAAAUUGGCAUAUUAUUAAAUAGUUAUUAAUAUUCCCACUGCGGUUAAGUUCUUUUAUAAUAAUAUUUUAUGUCUUAAUAUUAUUGGUACCAACCAAUAAUUUACAUGCUUAGCCUAAACUAGACACGAAUUGAUAACUUAAUAUUAGUUAAGUUUCUAUCAGGUAAGUACUUGAAAUAGAUUGAAACUUAUGUAUAUUUUUAUAAUAGUUAUAAGUUCGCCCAUUAUUUUGCUUAUUUCUUUGUCUUUGCAAACUCCAACAGUUAUCGUCGCUAGUUUAGAUAAUAUAUUAUAAGGUAAAAAAAUCGUCCGACGCCUGUUCAUUUAGUGAUAAUAAUAUUAGGGAAACAAAGGAAGGAAUGUUCUAAGAAUAGCAUGCCGAGCCGUACAUUAUUAUUAUAACGGAAAAAUUUUGAGAAUCCAAGCAAGUUGAUAUUUUAUCAGUGCAUCGUAAAUGUUUCCAUUAUAAUAUUGUACUUAGAUAACUCACAUCAGAUUGAUAAUACGUAAUAAUUCAUCGGUAAUAAACACCAAUUGGUUUGAAAGAU